AUCUUUAGUUUCUGGGAUUGGCAGUGGCCGGAGAUAGGAACUUCCUGAGGACCUGGGACAGUAGGAAUUAGGGAAUAAAUCACCACUUCCUGUGGAUUCAGAGCUGCUUCUUUCGUUACCUCAUCAGCCAUGAUGGAUGUUCUGACCGUUGCAAAUAAUUGCUUUGCGCUUGACCUCUGCCUGAAGCUCUGUGAAGAGAAGAGAACUGAGAAUGUUUUUUUUUCUCCGUUAAGUAUAUCAACGGCUCUGGCUAUGGUGUUCCUUGGUGCUAAAGGCAGCACGAACCAGCAGAUGGCUAAGGUGCUGCAUUUUGGCGAUGGUGUAGAUGUUCACGCUGGAUUCCAGAAAUUGCAGGCGGAUAUGAAGAAUCUCGGUGGUGCUUGUCUUCUGAAGCUGGCAAAUGGCCUGUACAGAGAUAAAAGCAUCAACUUGCGCCAUGAGUAUCUCGAAUCCAUAUCAAAGUUCUUUCAGGCAGAACUUACUGCUGUUGAUUUUGCUGAACAAUCAGAGGAGGCCAGAGUCUACAUCAAUGCCUGGGUGGAGGGGCAGACAGAGGGUAAGAUCCAGGACUUGUUAGCUCAAGGCACACUUGAUGCAAAUUCGAAGCUUGUACUUGUGAAUGCCAUCUACUUUAAAGGCAACUGGGAGAAGAAAUUUGAUGAAGAUUAUACCAAGGAAAUGCCAUUCAGUGUCACCGAGAAUGAAUCUAAACCAGUGAAAAUGAUGUGUCAGACGGGAAUAUUUAACACAGCAUACAUUGAGGAGGUUGCAACCAAUAUCCUGGAGCUGCCUUACCUUCAGGAGGAGCUGAGUAUGGUCAUCCUGUUACCUGAUGAAAUCAGCGGAUUAGAAAAGCUGCUGAAGAGUUUGACGUACGACAAUCUAUCGAAAUGGACCAGCGAGGAAAACCUGGAUUCUUCAGAAACACUUGUCCACCUGCCCAGAUUCAAGCUGGAAGGAAGCUAUGACCUGAGGGCCACACUUUCUGCCAUGGGAAUGCCGGAGGCCUUCGAUGGGAUGAGCGCCGAUUUCUCGGGAAUGACAGGGACAUGUGCCCCGUCUUUGUCCAAUGUCGUUCACAAGUCCUUUGUGGAAGUGAACGAAGAAGGGAGUGAAGCAGCAGCCAGCACAGAGGCCACCAUGUCGUUUCGAUGCAUCAGCUCUGUUGAUGAAUUUAUAGCAGAUCAUCCUUUCCUCUUUUACAUCAGGCACAAUAAAACUCAAAGCAUCUUAUUUUUGGGUCAGUUCUCAUCGCCGUAGCCAGAACUUUUACAUGUCCCCCUAGUAAACAUCCAAUACUCAAAACUACUUGCUGUAAUGUUCCAUGCACCGAAGUCUGUGUUAAUAUCAGAUCUUAUAUCAUUUAUAAACAAGUUCAUUUACAGUGGCUAGUAAAUGUUAUUUCAGUUUGGUAUUAAAUAGCACAUAAUCUUACUCAGCUUAUUUGAUAGGAGUUGGAACAUCAUGAUGCAGCCUAUAAGAGUGGUAGAGGCAGAAAUAUUCAUAACCUUUAGAAGUAUUUAGACGUGCUGUUACAAUGCCAAAGCAUGCAAGGCUAUGGAGAUUAGUGAGGAUGGCAGAUGCUGGAAAAUCAGAUUCGAUACAAUGUGGAGCUGGAAAACGCACAGCAGGUCAAGCAGCAUCAAAGAAGCAGGAGAGUCGACGUUUCAGUCAGGACCCGUCAUCUGCUUGACCUGCUGUACAAGGCAAUGGGCUAAGUGCUGGAAAAUGGAAUUAGAAUAGUCAGGUGGUGCAAACCCAAUGGGCCAAUGGGCCUUUGUCUGUGGUUUAGCUUUAUAAAAUCAUGAGUAUAGAUCAGAUUAGUGUAGUUGUCUUUUCUCUAGGAUGGGGGAUUUCAAGACUAGGGGGCAUAUUUUUGAAGGUGAUGAGAGAGAGGUUUAAAAAACACAUGAGAGGAAUUUUUUUUAUAUACAGAGUGGUUCGCAUGUGGAAUGAACUUCCCGAGGAAGUGGUGGAUGUGGGUACACUUACGACUUUUAAAAGACAUUUGGAUAAGUACAUGAAGAAGAAAGGUUUGGAGGGAUGUUGGCCAAAUGGGACUCGUUUAGUUUGGGAUUGUGUUCUGCAUGGACUGGUUGGAUCAAAGGAUGUGUUUCCAUGCUGUAUGGCUCUAUGAUGAUUGUGACCAAUAAAAUAACCAUCUGCACAAAAUGAGAGUAAAACUUUAACCCAUCCAAACUAGAACAACAGAGAGAAACUCUUCAAAGCUGUCUUCAUGUUAGAAUGAUAAGUAAUGUAUGUUUUUACUGUGUAAAUCAAUUAAUUUUAUCAAGUAAUAAAAUAUCAUAUUAAAAUGUUUAA